AUGCACUCCCCUUUUCUUUUCGCGCUCGGUCUGGCAACCAGUUUCGCCCCCUUUUCAGCAGCGCAUACUGCAUUCACCACGCUUUUUAUCAACGAUGUAAACCAGGGUGAUGGCACCUGCAUCCGUAUGGCGAAGGAGGGCAAUCUUGCCACCCACCCUCUUGCAGGCGGGCUCGACUCUGAAGACAUGGCUUGUGGACGGGAUGGGCAAAACGCCGUGGCGUUCUCGUGCCCGGCCCCGGCCGGCGCCAAGCUGACCCUCGAGUUUCGCGAGUGGGCCGACGCCGCGCAGCCCGGGUCCAUCGACCCGUCCCAUGUCGGGCCCAUGGCCAUCUACCUCAAACAAGUUUCCGACAUGCAAUCCGACUCGGCCGCCGGAAAAGGUUGGUUCAAGAUCUGGGACGAGGGCUUCGACACCAAAGCGGGCAAGUGGGCGACGGAGAAGCUCAUCGCCAACAACGGCCUGCUCAGCAUCAACCUACCAUCCGGCCUGCCCACAGGCUCCUACCUCGCGCGGCACGAGAUCAUCACCCUGCAAAACGUCACCAACGACAAGACCGACGCCCAGUUCUACGUCGGCUGCGCCCAGCUCGCCAUCGAGGGCCCCUCGGACUCCUCCAUCCCCUCGGACAAAACCGUCCCCAUCCCCGGCCACAUCAGCGGCCCGAACGACCCAGGCCUGACCUUCAACGUCUACACGGCCGACGCAUCCACCUACCCCCGGGGGACGGAGAGCGGUGGUGGUGGGUCGCCGACGCCGGCUUCUGGGGCUGCUGGUGCGGCUGAGACGUCGGGGUCGGAGGGCGGGAAGAGGGUGCGGUGUCGUGGAUUGUCGCGGAGGAGGGCGGGGUCGCGUUGA